AUGCAGAUCUUCGUCAAGACCCUCACCGGCAAGACCAUCACCCUCGAGGUUGAGUCUUCCGACACCAUCGACAACGUCAAGUCCAAGAUUCAGGACAAGGAGGGCAUUCCCCCAGACCAGCAGCGCUUGAUCUUCGCCGGCAAGCAACUCGAGGACGGCCGCACCCUCUCCGACUACAAUAUCCAGAAGGAGUCCACCCUCCACCUCGUCCUCCGUCUGCGUGGCGGUAUGCAGAUCUUCGUCAAGACCCUCACCGGCAAGACCAUCACUCUCGAGGUUGAGUCUUCCGACACUAUCGACAACGUCAAGUCCAAGAUUCAGGACAAGGAGGGUAUUCCUCCUGACCAGCAGCGUCUGAUCUUUGCUGGAAAGCAGCUUGAGGACGGCCGUACACUCUCCGACUACAACAUUCAGAAGGAGUCUACUCUCCACCUGGUUCUUCGCCUCCGUGGUGGUAUGCAGAUCUUUGUCAAGACCUUGACGGGAAAGACGAUUACACUGGAGGUCGAAUCAUCGGAUACGAUUGACAACGUCAAGUCAAAGAUUCAAGACAAGGAGGGUAUUCCACCAGACCAGCAGCGACUCAUUUUCGCUGGAAAGCAGUUGGAAGAUGGCCGGACUCUGUCUGACUACAACAUUCAGAAGGAGUCGACGCUGCACUUGGUGCUCCGUCUUCGUGGAGGCCACGACACCAAGAGCGGCAGCUCGAGCGGGCCGAUCUGGCACCCGACCGCGGGGAGCAGCAUCUUCGAUAUCCUCCCAUCCCACCCCCACCGCGGCGACGAACUGGCCCUGUCUAGUUCCUUGAAGAAGCGCGAGAAGCAAAAGCGGACAGACGAGCUCGAACAAUACCUGCCUCCAGAAGACCGUCGCUUCCUUCCAAAGCCCCCCGCCAGAGUCAUCGACUGCGGCCCGUCGAGACCCAUUCCCCCAGCAGCCGGGGAGGACGACGGUGAUAUCUUGCUGCUGAACACGACCAGUCGGAGGGAAAGGUCUAGAAGCUUUCCUCCUCCGGGCCACCUUGCUGGGAUCGGGCCUCGAGCAGCGGCCAAAGACUGGCGGUUUGGACCUAUACGUAUAGAAAGCUUCGACGUUCCCGACGGCUUCCAGGGCGACAGCUCCGAGCCCUCUUGUCUCGCCAUGGCAGGCAGUGCCCAUCCCUCCCCAGCCGCCUCGCUGGGUCCAAACCUUGGAGGACCAGGAACGGAUACAAAGGGCGAGUUUGUGCCCCCGGCUGGCAAGAAAACAGACGCCGGGUGGGGAAUAGUGCACCUCUACCGUGAGCCUCACGAGCUCGGGGUCACGGGCAACUCAACCGAGAGCCUCAGCGGUGGCGAUGGCACAAUCCUCUGCAUUCCUGCUGUGCCCGGCUACCUAUCGCCGAUUGGGUUUCUGAACUUCGUUGGGCGGAAGUGGAUGGCGCACGUUGCACAUUACCGAAUGCUCAUGACCAGCGUCCUGGGCACUUAUAUGGUUUUGAUCAAGUGCUGGGAUCACGAUUCUGCCGAAGCCUGGAGGAAGGAAUUCGACGGCAAGGCUUUCGGACCCAUGCGGGAGGAGGGCAUCUGUCACGUCACCUUCAUCAAAUCCAUCACUAUCGAGACACCAUCCCAGCCGACGGCAAGCUCUUCCAAGGGCUCCGCUGUAGGCCACCUCGGCUCGCUUAAGCCGUUCCCUCCGCCGACCCCGGAUCUUGUCGAGCUCCCUACGUGUACAGUAUGCCUCGAGCGCAUGGACGACACCUCGGGGCUCAUCACAAUCCCAUGCCAGCACGUCUUCCAUUGCACGUGCCUGCAGUCAUGGACGGGAUCUGGCUGCCCCGUCUGCAGGGCCACGAACCCCUCUCCGCAGUCGGCGGAUCCUGAUGACCCAUACUCGCAUCCCUUCGGCCAUGGCAUAUCAAACAUCUGCGUGACGUGCGACACAACCGACGACCUGUGGAUAUGCCUGAUCUGCGGCAACGUUGGUUGCGGCCGAUACAAGAGGGGACAUGCCAAGGAGCACUGGAAGGAAACGGCGCAUUGCUUCAGCCUCGAGCUGGAGACGCAGCACGUCUGGGACUACGCGGGCGACAUGUGGGUCCACCGUCUGAUCCGUGAGAAGGGCGAGGGCAAGGUGGUCGAGUUCCCCAGCACCGACAUGGCGGCACGUGAUGGGGCUGGGCAGGCGGGUCCUGACAUGGACGUAGUGCCGCGCGCUAAGCUAGACAACAUCGGCAUGGAGUACACGAAUCUAUUGGCGAGCCAGCUGGAGAGCCAGCGUGUCUAUUUCGAGGAGAUUAUCAGCAAGGCGGCCGACAAGGCGGCGAAGGCAUCGGCCGCGGCGGAGGCGGCUGCCUCCCAGGCCGCAGAGGCGAUGAGCAGGCUCCAACUCCUCGAGCACGAGCACAGUGCGCUCAAGAACGAGGUCAUUCCGCAACUUGAGCGGGACCUAGAGCGUGAGCGCAAACGGGCGGACAAGUCGACCGAAGUCGCCAGAAAGAUGGGCCAAUCACUGCAAGAGGAGAAGAAGAUCAACGAGGGCCUGCUUGAGAAGAUUCAGCACGUGAACAAGGAGAUGGAGUCAUGCAAGGCGCUUAAUGAGGGGCUGAAGGCAGAAGUUGCAGAGCAGAAAGACAUGAACCACGACUUGACGCUGUUUAUCUCCGGGCAGGAGAAGCUCAGGGAGAUGGAGCAGGAGGGCAAAGUGACACAAGAGGAGCUCGAGGAGGGCGAAGCGAGUGUGCCUGAGAAGAAGGGGAAGGGGAAGGGCAGAGGCAGGGGAAAAGGAAGGUCUCGCGAUCUCUCUCAUUUCACCAUCAACAUAAUCCUGUCUGCGCAGACUUGUAAUAGCAAGGAAGUCCCAUGGCCCGAGUCGGGCACCGAGACUACGGAACAGCGGCAAUGUACUCUGCCUUUCUGCUGCAUCCAGCAUCCAGCAUCCGGCAUCGAGAGGCUCAGCCCAUUUUCCAGCCCCAGAUCGUCGCCACCCGCUCGGAUUCCAACCGCAGGUGAGCUCAGGACUACUGGAGUUGGAUCAUGGCUGUCAACUCCGUCUGAGAUUUCAUCCCGACCUCGUGUUCUCGAAUACACUGCCGGCUGCCAGCGUCCAGCGCCCACCACAUCGUCGGCUUCAAUCAGUCAGUCCACUGCCGGAUUCGAUCAGCACCCCACCACACCACAAAACCAGUCUGGUGCCUGGCGUCCGGGUCAUUGUUUCUCUCUGUCCUUUACCAACGCACCAGCACCACUACUUCGUGCAUCCGUCCGAGCAGCCGACGACAUGCCUUCCGAAAAAGCCUCGGCCUCGGGCUCGGGCUCGGCCCUGCCUGUACCGCCCCAGAGCGCAGACUCUCCAAAGCCUGCCAAGGAACUCUAUCCCAUGAGCAACAGGAAAUAUGACACUUUCUUGUGGUUCAUGUCCAUUUUCGUCGAUCUUUUCUUCCGCGAGGUCCAUCCCAGGGGCUCCUGGAAGGUCCCGAGGCAGGGCCCUGUCCUGUUCGUUGCCGCGCCCCACGCCAACCAGUUUGUCGACGCCCUGAUCCUCCAGCGAACCUUGAAGAAGGAAGCCAAGCGUCGGGUCUCCCUCCUCGUGGCUCAAAAGUCUGUCCACGGCUUCAUCGGCUGGGCCUCUCGCCAGACCGGCGCUGUUCCUGUUGGCCGCGCGCAGGAUGCUGCCAAACCCAAGGAUGGCCUUGUAUACCUCCCCGACCCCAUAGGCGACCCGACUCUGAUCCGGGGCGUCGGCACACACUUUGACAGAGAUGCGGAAUUAGGUGGUAUGAUCUUUCUGCCCGCCGGCAAAGGUCAGGCAAGCACGAGCGUUGAUAUAGCGGAGAUUCACGGGCCCGAGGAAAUACGCGUAAAGAGACCGUUCAAGACAAGGUUGGCCGUAUUCCAGCUGACAGGGCGCGACGACAUCGACGACUCCGCCAACUUCACCAACAAGGAUUUGAAGGGCAUCAAAGAUGGCUACGAGGGCACCCCGUACAAGCUGGCCCCUCACAUCGACCAGACUAAGGUUUACGAAGCAGUCUUUGACCGGCUGCGAUCCGGAGGCUGCGUGGGCAUCUUUCCCGAGGGCGGUAGUCAUGAUCGCACCGGACUACUUCCCUUGAAGGCUGGCGUUGCCAUUAUGGCUCUUGGGGCUCUUGCGGACUCUCCCGAGGUCGACCUCAAGAUUGUACCGGUUGGCAUGAACUACUUCCACGCCCACAAGUUCCGGUCGAGGGCGGUGGUCGAGUUUGGUCAGCCUAUGGAAGUCUCCAGGGAGCUCGUUGAAAUGUACAAGAACGGCCAGAGGCGAGACGCUAUCGGCCAGUUGCUGGACACCGUAUAUCAGGGCCUGGCUGCCGUCACCGUGCAGACGCCAAACUACGACACUCUGAUGCUCAUCCAGGCCGCCCGGCGGCUUUAUAAGCCCACUGGAAAGAAGCUACCGCUCCCGUAUGUGGUGGAGCUGAACCGAAGAUUGGCAAUGGGCUACGAGAAAUACAAAGACGACGAGCGCAUCGUCCAGCUGUCGGAGGCGGUCAAGGACUACAACAAGCAGCUCCGCUACCUCAACAUGCGCGAUCAUCAAGUUCAAUAUGCCAGGAUGCCCAUACACACAGUCAUACUCACAACCAUUUACAGGGUGCUCAAGCUACUGGUGCUCCUGGUCGGCACGCUGCCCGGCCUCCUCCUUUUCACCCCCGUUUUUGUAUUGACAAAGUUUAUCAGCAUAAAGAAGGCCAGAGAGGCAUUGGCGGGCUCCUCGGUCAAGAUCCAAGGUCGCGACGUGAUGGCAACAUGGAAGAUAAUGACAGCCUUGGGCUUUGCACCGAUCCUGUACAACACGUACAUUUGUAUCUUCGUCUGGAGAGUCUACGCGGACCGUCUCUGGGGCUACUGGGAUUAUGUCCCAAGAUGGAUACCUCUGUGGACGGCCUUCCCGAUCGGCUGGGUAGUCUUCCCUUUGAUCACUUUUGCGGCCCUCCGGUUGGGAGAGGUGGGGAUGGACAUUUUCAAGUCGCUGCGCCCUCUUGUUAUGUGCCUCAACCCUGCUUCCAGCUACAAUAUCUACCAGCUGAGGGAGCGGCGGGCGGAGCUGAGUGAGCGGGUGACAGAGGUCAUCAACGAACUCGGGCCUGAAAUGUUCCCCGACUUUGACAAGACGCGGAUCGUGGCCGACCCAUCCAAGGACGACGGCCGGCCGAGGACACCGGGCAGGCCGCCGACCAAGAGACGCGACAGUGACAUGUCGAGCACAGGCCUCGAGCCGGAGAGCCCGACGCGGCCACUCGCGAGGCGCGACACAACGUCGUCCAGCCGGGGGCUUCCAAAGAACGAGUCCUACAGCAACAUCGGCAAGGUUGGCAUCUUCUCCACCCGGCCGCCGUCGCGGUCGAGGAGCAGGAGCAGCAGCUCAGGUGGCGCGUUCGGCUCUGCUGGGUUCCCCGUCAGUGCGUUCACCACGCUGGACUCCAAAGAGGGCCUGGACGAGGUCAGCAGGAAGAUCCGGCAAGAGAUGAAGGAACGAGGCGAGCUGAGGAGACGGAAGAGCGCGGGCAAGAAAGCAUUCGAGCUGCAAAGCAACGACGGCGAGAGCGACGAUGAGGACGAAGCGGAUGGCAGGCAACAGCCACUGCUUACCUAUGCAGCUUGUUUGCUGGGCAAGCUCGUCGUCCUCGAAGCAUGUCGUAUCUCCGGGGCAAGAGGCCAUGCAGCCGUGGCAGCCCAUGACUUGUGGCCGGGGUUCGGUCGGACUUACGAGGAGCGGUAUAGGGCGCGGUAUAGGGCGCCCCGGCCCGCCGCGGCGGCGUUCAAGCCUUUUGCGGCCGGUGAAGCCACCAACGAGGCGACCUGUCUUGUCCGCGCGACAGCACCACUGACGACCCUCCUCGACAACUUAGUGAAAACGAGGCAACAGGUCCCGAAGCUCAGUCGGAAGAUGUUCAAGUCGCUCGUUAAUGGCGCCAAGAAGCUUGCCAUUGGGGAACCCGGCGGUGCGCCAAUCAGCCAGCUCUUCCCCAAGGUCGACCCCGCGGUCGACGGCGAGGACUGCCUAAGGGACUGCGAAAGUUGCCCUACACACUAUCCCAGGAACUUCAAGAUCGAAGAGAGCGACGAUCUCUAUGGCCAUAUCAAGGGAUGGAGCACCCACGUCUUGGUGGCCACGGGCAAGGCGGACUGGACGCACAAUGUCGCCGACGAGAAAGGCAGUUUGAUGCAAGCCAUGGACAAGGCAGAAAAGCCGAACAACGGACGGCUCAUGCUCUCGGCCUCCAACAUCCCAACCCCCCACCAUAGCAGCGACUACUCGGAGCCUACGACGCUUCUCCUACUGCCCGCCUUCGUCGUGAUAGAGAACGUUACGCCGGCCUCGGUCCAUACGCUGAUCUCCGAGUAUAUCAACAAGUCACCCACCAACACAUCCGCCCUCCAACCCGUCUCGGCUGCGAUACCAGAGUCCCUGCCGCCGCCAGACCUUCCCGAGCCAGCGGCAAAAAUUGAAGGAUUGAGAAGCCGUCCAAGUCCUCAUGCCGUCGUGAUACUGCUAUGCUCACAAAAGACCCGUGACGCACGGUGCGGUCAAUCGGCACCGCUUAUCCGAAAAGAGCUGGAGCGGCAUCUACGGCCGCUUGGCCUGCAACGUGACCUGGACGACGAGCGACCUGGUGGUGUGGGCAUCUACUUCAUCUCGCACGUCGGAGGGCACAAGUACAGCGCGAACGUCAUGAUCUACCGGCGGCCAGACGCCUUCGGGCUGGAUGGUCUGGCGAGGACGAGCGUGAAAGAGGGCGAGAACUGGGCACCUACGAAGAAGGACCCGACGAACGGAGGCGAAGGGGAUGCGGGCGCUGCGCAGUGCAUAUGGCUAGGAAGGGUGAAGCCGGAGGACUGCGAGGGCAUUGUCAAGUACACGGUGCUUCAGGGCAAGGUCGUCAAGCCCGAGUCGCAGCUCAGGGGCGGUUUCGACAGAUCAAAAGGCCUGAUGAGUUGCUUCUGGGUGAUAUGCGUCCCCGGCUCACAGGGUGAAGACCCUCACCCAGACACAUUUGUACAGGGCACGCAGAGCUAG